GUAUGGACUUUAGUAGUAGUAUGAGAGAAAGUCACAUUGAAUUUCCGAUUCCAGAAAAGUUUCCUUAUAGAAAUUCAAUUCCUCAAGAUUCCUUACGAUGUCGGACCAAUUCAAGUUCAAUCGCAUCUUCGAUAACAACACUGUGCGCGGACGCGCUAAUGUUGCCAAAGCCACCUGGGCCUCUGUGGGCCUCAUCUAUGUGAUGGUUAAGAUGCAUCGCCGCAAUGCAAAGCGUCGCGAGGCCACCAAAUAUUGCAAGGGCUGCCAGCAGAAGCUGUUCCAAUAGUUUCAGCUGCUCCUGGUCAACGAUGCUCCUACCAUACAAACAUGGAUGUUAAGCGUUCCCCAAAUCUCUUGUGUUUCGAUUGCGUUCAUAACCCCAUUCAUAGUCAAAUAAAAUUUGCAUCUUUUGAACUCCUAAACAA